CCUUUCUACUUCAAACAGACCCAAAGCAUUCCGGGCAAACGCAGUGCAGAUAGAAAGGUUUCCACGCACCUCCCCAUUUCUAACAAUUGUCAUUUAAUGUCGAUUUUUCUCAAAGUAUAUGCAUGUACGAUGAUCGGCCACUGAACGAAGUCUGCUCGAAAGGACCAUUCCUCUAUGCAAAAUGAUGUUUGGGACGUCGCGACUGUUGUUGGUUAUGGCUGAAGUGUCUCUCGAAACGCGAUGUAAACGUUGCGCUUACGACGAGUGCAGGUCAGAGCAAGAAAGGAGAGAGCAUCUCUCAGACCUACAGAGUUUUCGCCAUGACUCUGCCAAUCAUUGCGGAAUCAAUAGCACGCUGGCGAAGCAUUUGAGAUUGCGAUUGUGCAGUUUACCUUCCAUGUUCACUCAUUCAAGAAUUUGAAAUCGAAAGUAUUGGCAAUCAAUGCAUCUGGAAUGCAGCCAAUCGUGCUAUUCGGA